CACGCGGAUCUCCACGCCUACCUUCCGAACCUAUCACCAAAAAACCGCAUCAUCAAAGAUUUAUCCUGGCCUUCCAAACUGAAGAUUCUAAGGGAUAACUUCGAAAAUCGAAGAGUAGGCAUUGAACAUUUAAGACAAGGGCAAGAGAAACUUACGUCAGAGGAUUCCAACAUGAAAAUGAAGUUAUUUAGGCUUAUGUACGAGACAGUAAGAGAUAGCGACUUGAAAGUGAGAAGAGCAGAGUUAAUAAGAGGACAUUAUGUCAAUUCUUCGGCGUUUGAUAUGGGUUUCAUCAUAGGCGACAUUACGGACAAAUACAACAUUAUGACCGACAUAUCGCUCACUCUAAAACGGCUCUACCACGAUUGGAAGCCAAUGGAACACAUCAAUGCAUACGAGCAAAUCGCCAAUAAGGCAAUCGAAAUCACAAACUUGAUAGAUAUGAUUAGAGUCAUAGAGAAAAAGGCAUUGUCAAAACCGGCCGAUUUAAGAAGUAAGAAGACCUAUCGUUUGUGAUUUCUGGUUUUAACUGGAUUGAUCUGGAUUCAAUUGCAUUUUUAUUUGCCUGGAAUGUUGGAUUUUGUUGAAUUUGCGACGUUUUUAGAAUUAUUCUUAUGGUUCACAAUGGGCAACGUGGGGCGAGUAGAGGCAAUCACGAUAGUGUAAUUCACUGUCUUACCACAAAAAAACUUGAGACAGGGUUUAACUUUAAGCGCGGGUUCUCUUUAAUCUAGUUUUGUCGUAUUUCACAUAGACAACUAUCAAAGUGUCAGGUCCCUGGUUUAAAGUUAGACUGUGUUUAAAUUGUUUGUGGUAAGACCAUUUAUGUCUAUGAUUGGCCGUCAU